AUGCCGAAAAAGAAGCCGAUGCCAAUCCAGCUGAACCCGACCCCGGAUGGCUCCACCGUCAAUGGGACCAGCUCUGCGGAGACAAAUUUAGAAGCACUUCAGAAGAAGUUGGAGGAGUUGGAGUUGGAUGAACAGCAACGCAAACGUCUUGAAGCUUUCCUUACCCAGAAGCAGAAAGUUGGGGAGUUGAAGGAUGACGAUUUUGAGAAGAUCAGUGAGCUGGGAGCAGGAAAUGGAGGUGUGGUCUUCAAAGUAUCUCACAAACCUUCUGGCCUCAUUAUGGCAAGAAAGUUAAUUCACCUAGAAAUCAAACCAGCUAUUCGGAACCAAAUCAUUCGUGAGCUGCAAGUUCUGCAUGAAUGUAACUCUCCGUAUAUAGUGGGCUUCUAUGGAGCUUUUUACAGUGAUGGAGAAAUCAGCAUUUGCAUGGAACACAUGGAUGGUGGAUCCUUGGAUCAAGUGCUGAAAAAAGCAGGAAGAAUUCCUGAGCAGAUUUUGGGCAAAGUUAGCAUUGCUGUAAUAAAAGGUCUCACAUAUUUGAGGGAAAAACAUAAGAUAAUGCAUAGAGAUGUUAAACCAUCUAACAUUUUGGUAAACUCUAGAGGUGAAAUCAAGCUUUGUGAUUUUGGUGUCAGUGGACAACUGAUAGAUUCUAUGGCAAACUCGUUUGUUGGCACGCGCUCCUACAUGUCUCCAGAAAGACUCCAAGGUACUCAUUAUUCAGUGCAGUCGGACAUCUGGAGCAUGGGAUUGUCACUGGUAGAAAUGGCGAUUGGCCGGUACCCAAUUCCCCCUCCUGAUUCCAAGGAGCUGGAGCUGAUGUUUGGCUGUGUAGUGGAGGGAGACUCUCCAGUUUCUGAGACCUCACCAAGGCAAAGAGCUCCUGGCCGACCACUGAGCUCCUACGGACCAGAUAGCAGACCGCCAAUGGCAAUCUUUGAACUUUUGGACUACAUUGUCAACGAGCCACCUCCAAAAUUGCCCAAUGGUGUCUUCGGUCCUGAAUUUCAAGAUUUUGUGAAUAAAUGCUUAAUAAAAAACCCAGCAGAGAGAGCAGAUUUGAAGCAACUUAUGAUUCAUGCUUUCAUUAAGAGCUCAGAAGCUGAAGAAGUGGAUUUUGCAGGAUGGCUUUGUUCAACUAUAGGUCUCAACCAGCCAAGUACACCUACACAUGCUGCUGGAGUCUGAAUCUGGAGAGAAUGAAUCUUGUACUGUACAUCUGUUAAAACCAGGCUAUUUAUAUUUAUCAAGCUUGUAUCUGUUCAAAUGUGUAUUUCACCUCUUUAAAGAAGGAUGUCUGUUAUAGCAUGUGCCAAAUUGUUCGUUUUAAAUUCCUGUCCUAAAUUAAUUGCUAUUGCAUUGGAUGACACUUGUAAACUGACCAAAACGUGUGAAGUGUUUAAGUUACAGUGCUUGCAGAUUUUUUUAGUAAAGAUGGAUAUUUUUCUCAAUGGCAAUCUCACUGGUGGCAUUUAGCAUGGGGUUGCUUGAAAUCUAAUCAGGAUUCUUCGCAACUCGGUGGUACUUCAAUCCUGCUGAUCUAGUCUCCCAGAGAAGGUGGCAAGGGAUCCUCUUAAACAGCACCUGUCAAGCAUGCUUUUGCUGCUACCAACCUGCAUCUGAAAGUUAGUUAUAAUGGUUCGGACCUUGUUUUGGUUUGGAGAAUUCUUUCCAGUUAAACGAGACGAGAGCCCUCUGUCUGCUAAUACACAGGGCAUCAUUCUGUCUGUAGAUCUGGUCCUAUUUCUACAUUUUUAGAACAUAUCAUACUUGGAAUGGUUAGUGGUGUAUGUCAUCUUUGAUUUUUUUUUUUUUUUUAUUGGUAUUUUUUAAAUAAGUAGCUCUUCUCAAAUGUCCUACAGAAUCAAGGUGUAACGGUGCAUCAGACUUGUUUUCUUUUAACCCAACUAAAGACUUGACAGCUGUCUCUAGUGUAUGAAGAAUCUCUAUCACUUUAUUCUUUCAGAUGUUUAGCAAAUUUAAUCUCAAUAAAUAUGAUCAAUAACAUCUUUGGA